GUCCCUGGUGAAGGUGGCGGGGAAGAUAUGGUGACGGAUGGUAGUGGCGGCCAAACAUUAGUGGUGUGUUUUGCUUCCUCUAAGUGGGUGUGUUCAGCCCCGUCGCUCUCUAAACUCUCGCCAUGAUCCUCUCUCUGGCUGUGGUAUUGUGUGUGGGUGUUGGAAUCAAUGUGGCUCUAAUACCAGUACUGGAGACUCCUGUCUCUGACCCCAAGGGUCUCGCCCGGCCAGUGCUCUACACAGGAAAGCUGAACUCUUCAGUAUCUCCAUAUUGGGCAGAUCCGGAAGACCUACCUAUCAACCUACCACCCACCCUGUGUGCUGCCAACCUCACUCUACCUCCAAAGAAAUGCAUGAAGGUGUUUGGGCCGUGUGACAAGCAGGCAAAGUACAGAAGCGUGUCUGGCCGAUGUAACAAUCUCCAGCACCCAGAGUAUGGCACGAGCGGUCAGUUCCUGCUCCGUCUGCUACCUUCUGCCUAUAACGGUGAGGUGAUGAGGUUGAUGUCUGUAUCAGGCCGCCUCCUACCCAACCCUCGAGCGGUGAGUCUGUUGACACGCGGCGUGGCGCUGCCCUCAGCCUCGCUACACAACCUUCUCCACAUGCAGAUGGGUCAGUUCAUCGACCAUGAUUACUCCAUCACUACUGUCGUCAGAGACCAUGGCAAGAUGAUGAAAUGUUUAGAGUGCACGAGCUGGACGGACCCGAGGUGCACUCCUGUGCCCUUGCCCAAGGACGACCCUUACAUACCGGCUCAUAUUAACAACACGGACAAGCGAAGAUGUCUUCCCGUCACCAGGAGCGUUGCAAAGAUGUGGGUGAACGAGAUGGGCGCCCCGGAGCUUGAGCAGUACAACAUGAACACUGCUUAUCUUGAUCUUUCCCAAGUGUACGGUAAUAACGAGUGUAGAGGAGAGGAGCUCAGGUAUAACAUUGGAGGUCUGCUCAACACCACUCUGACCGGCAUACCCACACAGAGGCCAGCAUCUCAUUUUCCUGACUGUCGGGACUACUCCGGCUGGUGCUUCUUCUCGGGUGACGACAGAGCGAACGAGAACAUGGGACUGACGGUGCUGCACUUCGUCUUUCACAGAGAACAUAACCGCCUGGCCAGAGCUCUACGCAUUAUCAAUCCUCACUGGGACGAUGAGAAGCUUUAUCAGGAGGCGCGAGCCAUCAACAUCGCCCAGUACCAGCACUCGGUGUACAGUCAGUACCUGCCUGCCGUUAUUGGCUACCCCACAGCUACUAGACUCCAACUUCUCCCACAGCAGGAUGGGUAUUAUCUGGGUUAUGAUGAAGAGAGGAAUCCGGAGGUCUACAAUAGCUUCUCAACGGCAGCCUUCAGGUUUGGUCACUCCUCAAUCUCUGACACACUGCCUCUUCUGGACGACCACUAUCACUUAGUCUCCAGUAUACCUCUAGUAGACACCUUCCAAAAUACUUCCCUUCUACUGACGGCUGGCGUGUGGGAGUCGGUGGUGCGUGGCAUGCUGGGCUACAACAUGAAGCCAAUAGACUUGCACCUCGAGGACAGCGUCUCGAAUCAACUCUUCAAGUUUGUGACUGAUGAAUUUUCGGGCCAGGAUCUUGCUGCCUUAAAUAUUGCAAGAGGUAGAGACCACGGACUUCCUUCAUACAGUACAUACCUGACUUACUGUGGGCUGGGCAGCGUCGACAGCUUCGAGGAACUGAUGCCUCUAAUGUCGACCUCAGCCGUCGAUGCGCUGCGCAAGGCCUACGCCUCCGUCCACGACAUCGACCUCUUUAUUGGAGGGCUGGCAGAACAUCAUGUCUCCGGUGGUAUUGUGGGACCAACGUUCGCUUGCAUCAUCUCUCGCCAGUUUAUUAGAACAAAGAAUAGUGACAGAUUUUGGUAUGAGGCUCGCGGCUCAGGCUUCACACUGAAGCAGAUUCAGAGCAUAAAGACGGUCACACUUGCCAGCAUCAUCUGUAACAACUUCGAUGAGGUCGAACAAGAGGUGCCGCUAAAUGCUUACUACCAGCCCCUCGAAACAAUCAACCCUAUGCGUGCCUGCAGCAGCCUGCCGUCGGUAAACCUGAGCUUGUGGGAGGAUCAUCCUGCUGUAGAGUUGAGGUCUUGUACAGAGGAAUGGUGUUCUCCAACUACUGUGGCCUCGUCUUCAGUGUCUUCUAGCAGCCUGGUGGCCAGAUAAAAAGCGUUCCAUAUGAGCGUCAGAGGUAGUUGCAACUUUUACUGCAACCUGGGGGACGACGAAGUUAACGAGACUCUUCUCAGAGGCUGAAGGAGCUCUUUGGACUCGUCCGUCUAGACCACCACCACCCAGUUCCCGAGGCUGGAGGAGCACUACCAUGGCUCCAGAGCAGCAGCACCAUCACUACCACAGUUCCCGAGGCUGGAGCACCACCACAGUCGGCUGUAAUCGACAAAAAGGAUGCCGAACAGAAGUGCUGACAUGUACAUAAAUAUUUUUAUAUUUUAGUGUAAAUAUUGAUAAUGCAAUAAAACCUGGACACGGUAA